GAAAGAGGGCUUACUCUGGUGCUGCUUCUGAGGUAUGAACCGGAGGCUCACGUCUCUAGGCCCCUGGUUGAAACCGGAUUAUUCCUGUUUCUGGUCGGAGUAAGAUUUUACAUUUUGUUUGUUUGUUAUUACACUAAACACACCGGCUGGGAAAAAUCCUGAUGAAGGGAUGGAGCAGGUUUAGGUUCGUACCACAGUGACGUGAUGGGACGUGGUCUUCAUUUCUGCGUAAGUGACUCAUCUUUUUACGGAGCCAUCUUCUUCUGCUUUACGUCAUGACGUCAGACGCACAGCCUCAGCCUCUGGGCUUGGGUCCUAGUUGUUGAGAUAAACGCCCCUCUUUGACGCUGACAGUUUUGAGAGAUUUUAAGAAGCUUCAGGUGCUCCCUCAACACAGGUAAGACGCGCCACGCGGAGCUGCGUCAGCAUCUGUUUGACAGCACGUGAACCCGAUCCAGGUCCAGGUGCAGUUCCAGACCACCAGGUGAAGUCUACGGCCAUCAGCCGUUCCCUGCAGUCAGGAUGUCGACCACGUCUCAGAAGCACCGGGAUUUCGUCGGAGAGCCGAUGGGAGACAAACCGGUGACGGCCCUGUCGGGUAUUGGAGAGACUCUGGGGAAGAAGCUGGAGGACCAGGGCUUCGACAAGGCCUUCGUGGUUCUGGGUCAGUUCCUGCUGCUGAAGAAAGACUCUGAGAUGUUCAUCGACUGGCUGAAAGAUGCCAGCGGAGCGAACUCUCGCCAGGCCGGGUCAUGUGCUCAGUGCCUGAAGGAGUGGUGUGACGCCUUCCUCUGAAGCCCCGCCUUCCUCUGAAGCCCCGCCUCCCAUCUACACUUCCACCUCAACCUGAUGUUCCUCAGCUUGCUUACUGUCUCUGACGCAGCCUUUGGGUUUGUUCUGCCGCUGCAGGACGACUGUGACGUCACUGCAGGCGUUUACCUGUUUUUAUAUGCUUGCUUAAAAAGUUGAUGUGAAUUAAAAAUGUUGUCUCAACUGUUGUCGGUUAAAACUUUAUUCCUGUGGUUUCUGAGAGUUGCUGCAUGGCACAUCUAGUAUGUUAGAGCCAUCUAGGUAAAUGCUGGUAAAGUGUUCCUGUAGUUAACCACGAGGCAGUAUUUGACUUGAACAAGGUUAACUGAAGACCGUUGGUUGCCCUUUGCUCUGGUCUUUGAUUG